AUGUCUACCCGCGCCCGCCGCCAACCACAGGCGCGAAACGAACACCCCAUCGAUCCUCCUCCUCCACCUCCUCCUCCAACGCACUUCUACACAUUCGCACGCAGAGCGUUCACGAUCAUCGUCACCUUCCUCCUCCUCCUCAACCUCGCGUCCGACCUCAGCGCCCGCUUCGCGCACCACGCCGCGCGGCCCCUCUACGCCUCCUACCCCGCACCCGUCGCGACGGGGAUCAUCGGCGCCGUGUGCGCGACGAUCUGCUACGCGCCCACGACGCUCGCCAUCGCCGCCUUCCUCCUCGCCUUCCGCACCGACAUCCGCCAGCGCGGUGGCGGCGCCGCUCUAGACCCGCCCCCGGGCGCGCGCACGGACUGGCGGCGGGUCGCGCGGAGCCUAUUCGCGGACGCGGCGGUCGUCGUCAAGGUCGCGGCGGUCGUGAGCCCGGCGCUGGCGUACGCGCUCGGGCACGGGGCGGGGAGCGCGCCGCCGCAGGUGCGUGCCGCGGAGGCGAGGGCGGGCGGGCAGCUCGCGGCGGCGGGCAUGACGCUCAAGAUCCUCGUCGUCGCGAGCGGGGAGAUGUGGGACUUGCUGCCGGUGGCGGCGCUGACGUUCGAUCGGGCGAGGGUGGUGCGGGAGCGAGGGAGGGAAGAGCGCGGUGGAGGGGGUCGAGAUAGAGGCUCGGCCGGUUGGAGGCGGGGCUGGAUUGCCAAUGGGCUCGGUGGUUCGGUUGUUCCAAUGGAGGGUUCUUGCUCGACGUCAUGA